AUGAAGAAAACUAGCAAUCUCUAUACGCUUGAUCCCUUCCUUGAUGAGAAUGGCGUGCUCCGAGUUGGUGGUCGUCUGAAGCAUACAGAUCUUUCAACUGCAGCCAAUUACCCUGCAAUCCUACCCAAGAAAGGACAUAUGACAGACCUGAUCAUUUCCCACUGUCAUGAUUUUGUAGAACAUCAGGGUCGUGGAAUGACACACAACAAAAUCAGAUCCUCUGGAUUCUGGAUCAUUGGUGGGAGUUCUGCCGUGUCUGAUCACAUUGCGAAACGCGUAUGCUGCCGAAAGUUGAGGGGAGCAGUGCAGGAACAGAAAAUGGCAGAUCUUCCAGAAGACCGGGUUCAAUCCGCUCCACCCUUCUCUUACUGUGCAGCGGACUACUUUGGACCUUGGUACGUGAAGGAGGGACGUCGUCAACUAAAGAGAUGUGGAGUUCUCUUCAUGUGCAUGGCCUCCAGAGCAGUCCACUUGGAAGUUGCAAAUUCUCUGACAGCGGACUCCUUUAUUAAUGCCUCUAGCAGCUUUGUCGGCCGUCGCGGCCCAGUUCGCCAGAUCCGUUCAGACCAGGGAACAAACUUGUUCGGUGCGAGAAACGAGUUUCAGGAGGCCCCCUCAGAAUUAGAUCAUGACAAAAUACGACGAGAGCUUCUAAAAAGAAACUGCGACUGGGUGGAUUACAAAAUGAAUGUACCCCAUGCUAGCCAUAUGGGAGGUGCCUGGGAACGUCAAAUUCGAUCGGUACGGAACGUUCUUGCAGCCCUGCUGAGCCGCCAUGGAUCACAGCUUGAUGAUGAACCCCUUAAUACUUUCAUGGUUGAGGCUGAAUCAUUUGUGAAUUGUCGACCACUUGAAGUUAAUGAUGUGAGCUCCUCAGAAUGUCUAGAUCCACUGACAUCCAAUCAGCUGCUGACCAUGAAAUCUUCUGUCGUCCUAUCUCCUCCUGGAUCCUUUCAGCGAGCGGACCUCUACUCUAAGAAGAGAUGGCGCCGUGUUUAG